AUGGCUAAGACAUUUAUUCCUUUGUUUCUCAGUUUAUUUGUUCUCUUAGCCAAUAUCGUCCCUCACUUGGCUGAUAAUGCCACUCUUCCUACCAUUUUCAUACUAGGGGAUUCCACAGCAGAUGUAGGAACUAAUUCUUUCAUACCAGAUAGCCAAGCAAGAGCUAAUUUUUCUCCAAAUGGCGUUGACUUCCCCAAUGGAAUACCAACCGGGAGGUUCAGCAAUGGUUUCAACAGCGCUGAUCAGCUCGCUAAGCUUUUGGGAUUCAAGAGAAGCCCUUCCCCUUAUCUCUUUCUCCUUAAGCAGACAUCUGGUCACCACAAGCUUCUCCAUAGAGGAGUAAACUUCGCCUCCGGAGGUUCUGGACUUCUAUAUGAAACUGGCAAAAACCUGAGUAUUGUGCCCUUGUCAGACCAGAUCGUUCAAUUCACCGCAUUGCGCAAUAAUCUCACUGAAGUUAUAGGCCAAGCAUCAACAGAAGCAACACUCUCAAAAGCAUUGUUCUUCAUCAGUGUUGGAAGCAAUGACAUUUUCGAAUAUUUCGAGACAAAUAGUACAGAGGCUAUCGAGAACUUCAUCGACUCUCUGAUGUCAGCGUAUACAACUCACAUUGAAGCUUUGUACAACCUUGGGGCACGAAAGUUUGGCAUCAUUAGUGUGGCAAAAGUUGGAUGCUGUCCAGCCAAUAGACUUGCCUAUAAAAAUAUGACCGGUAAAGAAGGUUGCUUUGAAGCCAUGAAUAACGUCGCCUUGGCUUUCCAGUCAGCACUCAACACCCUACUGUACAACAUCAGCUCUCAGCUUCCCGAAAUGAAGUACUCACUUGGAUAUGCAUACAAUAUGACAAAUGACGUCAUAAAUCAUCCCCAUGACUUCAAAUUUCAUAACGUUGAUACAGCGUGCUGUGGAAGGGGAAUUUUAAGAGCACAAGGCCCUUGUAAUGCAACAGCAGAACUUUGUCCAGAUCGUAGGAAGUAUUUGUUCUGGGAUUUGUACCACCCAACUCAGAAAGCAAGUCGUCUGGCAGCUGAAACUCUAUUUUUUGGUCCACCAAUAUAUGUAUCCCCAAUUAAUUUCUCUCAGUUAGUCAAUGAAAAUUAG